UCUAUGAGCGCCAUCGCUGAAGAAAGAGACUAUGCAUUUGGUCGAUGCGAGCUACCCGUAAGAGACGGAAGCAGCAGUGUAGUGGUCUUCGAUAUUCACACCCCUGGAAUGGGUAUAUUCCUUCACUUAUAACAAGCGCCAUCAAAGCCUGGAGAGGACGACUAAGCUCUUGAUGCGAGCUCCCCUUGAGUAGGAUGGACUGGAGAAGAACACACAGCUUAAGUAUCAAGAAAGGUCGUAACGUUCCUACUUCUAGUACCUAGUACUGUAGUUUUGACGUUUUGGGGCAAGAUGUGAUGGAGUUCGAUUUAAAGUAGAGUACUAUGAUGAACGUUCUCGUAUUGCGAUUGUUACGGGGGGUACAGCGGGUGUUUGAUUCGGUUGUUUGAAGUAGAAGAAUUCAGAUCAUUUUUUUACCGUGGAUGAACUAGUAGUGAUAAUCAUGUUACAUUUACAAGAAGAAGAAGAAGUAUACUAUCUACGGCCCUCAGGAGGUUGUUCAUGUGGCUCCGUGGAAAAGCAUGGUUGUUCAGAGGUCCUGUGAAGCUUAUUCUGUGGAGCUCCAACAUCUAAUCUCGUUUUAGGAAGACCUACAAAAUUCCCCUCACCGCAGAUUAAGAUUUUUCAAAUUAGGGAAUAUCGAAUUGCCGAAAUUAAGGUAUUGUUAAUGUGAGGCAGGGAGUAUCGCCAAUUUUUCAAAUUCAAAUUGGGGUGCGCGCCUCUGCUCGGCCUCUACCGUCUGCGCUCUUAGGGG